CCCAUUCCGCCUUUAUUUCUGUUCCGUUUUGCUCUCUUCCUGGCUCCCCCUCAAACCAAGCGAGCAAAGCAAAUGGCCCGGGUUCCCCCCCAUUGCCUGACCUGCUUGACUGGGAGGAGAGCGGGAGAGGGAGCAGCGAGGGAGCGCGCCUCCCGGAGCAGGCUGCUCUGCCUCCGACCGCAGGCUGUCUCGUGCAGACUGUCCCUCGCCUUCACAACCCCGCAUCCCCUCCCCGAAACAGCGGGCGGUGUGCCUCCUUUCAGCCACAUUUGGGGUCAUGAAUCAGACUGAUGCUUCUCGACCCCUAAACUGGACCAUCCGGAAGCUGUGCCACGCAGCCUUUCUCCCAUCUGUCAGACUUCUCAAGGCUCAGAAAUCCUGGAUAGAAAGAGCAUUUUAUAAAAGAGAAUGUGUUCACAUCAUACCCAGCACCAAAGACCCCCAUAGGUGUUGCUGUGGGCGUCUGAUAGGCCAGCAUGUCGGACUCACUCCCAGUAUCUCUGUGCUUCAGAAUGAGAAAAAUGAAAGUCGUCUCUCCCGAAAUGACAUCCAGUCUGAGAAGUGGUCCAUCAGCAAACACACUCAGCUCAGCCCAACAGAUGCUUUUGGGACCAUUGAGUUCCAAGGAGGCGGCCAUUCCAACAAAGCCAUGUACGUGCGAGUAUCUUUUGAUACGAAACCUGAUCUCCUCCUACACCUGAUGACCAAGGAAUGGCAGUUGGAGCUCCCCAAGCUUCUCAUCUCUGUCCACGGCGGCCUGCAGAACUUUGAACUCCAGCCCAAACUCAAGCAAGUCUUUGGGAAAGGGCUCAUCAAAGCAGCAAUGACAACUGGAGCAUGGAUAUUCACAGGAGGAGUGAACACAGGUGUCAUUCGCCAUGUUGGAGAUGCCUUGAAGGACCAUGCAUCUAAGUCUCGAGGGAAGAUAUGCACCAUAGGUAUUGCCCCCUGGGGGAUUGUGGAAAACCAAGAGGACCUGAUUGGAAGAGAUGUAGUCCGGCCAUACCAGACCAUGUCCAAUCCCAUGAGCAAGCUCACUGUUCUCAACAGCAUGCACUCCCACUUCAUCCUGGCUGACAAUGGGACCACUGGAAAAUAUGGAGCCGAGGUGAAACUUCGGAGACAACUGGAAAAGCACAUUUCACUCCAGAAGAUAAACACAAGAUGCCUGCCGUUUUUCUCUCUUGACUCCCGCUUGUUUUAUUCAUUUUGGGGUAGUUGCCAAUUAGACCCAAUUGGAAUCGGUCAAGGUGUUCCUGUGGUGGCACUCAUUGUGGAAGGAGGACCCAAUGUGAUCUCGAUUGUUUUGGAGUACCUUCGAGACACCCCUCCUGUGCCGGUGGUUGUCUGUGAUGGCAGUGGACGGGCAUCUGACAUCCUAGCAUUUGGGCAUAAAUACUCAGAAGAAGGCGGACUUAUAAAUGAAUCACUGAGGGACCAGCUCUUGGUGACUAUACAGAAGACCUUCACAUACACCCGAACUCAAGCCCAGCAUCUGUUCAUCAUCCUGAUGGAGUGCAUGAAGAAGAAGGAAUUGAUUACAGUAUUUCGGAUGGGAUCAGAAGGACACCAGGACAUUGAUUUAGCUAUUCUGACAGCUUUACUCAAAGGAGCUAAUGCCUCCGCCCCCGACCAGCUGAGCUUAGCCUUGGCCUGGAACAGAGUCGACAUCGCUCGCAGCCAGAUCUUUAUUUACGGGCAACAGUGGCCGGUGGGGUCUCUGGAGCAAGCCAUGUUGGAUGCCCUAGUCUUGGACAGAGUGGAUUUUGUGAAAUUACUCAUAGAGAAUGGAGUAAGCAUGCACCGUUUUCUCACCAUCUCCAGACUAGAGGAAUUGUACAAUACGAGACACGGGCCCUCAAACACAUUGUACCACUUGGUCAGGGACGUCAAAAAGCGAGAAUAUCCAGGUUUCGGUUGGAUCUAUUUUAAGGGGAACCUGCCCCCAGACUACAGAAUCAGCCUGAUCGACAUAGGCCUGGUGAUCGAGUACCUGAUGGGCGGCGCUUACCGCUGCAACUACACCCGCAAGCGCUUCCGGACGCUCUACCACAAUCUCUUCGGCCCCAAGAGGCCCAAAGCCUUGAAACUUCUGGGAAUGGAGGAUGACAUUCCCUUAAGGCGAGGAAGAAAGACAACCAAGAAGCGUGAAGAAGAGGUGGACAUAGACUUGGAUGACCCUGAGAUCAACCAUUUUCCUUUCCCCUUCCACGAGCUGAUGGUGUGGGCCGUUCUCAUGAAGAGACAGAAGAUGGCGCUGUUCUUCUGGCAACACGGGGAGGAAGCCAUGGCCAAGGCGCUGGUGGCGUGCAAGCUCUGCAAAGCCAUGGCCCACGAGGCCUCCGAGAAUGACAUGGUCGACGACAUCUCCCAGGAGCUGAACCACAACUCGAGGGACUUUGGCCAGCUGGCUGUGGAGCUCUUAGACCAAUCCUACAAGCAGGAUGAGCAGCUGGCCAUGAAAUUGCUGACAUAUGAGUUGAAGAACUGGAGCAAUGCCACGUGCCUGCAGCUGGCUGUGGCUGCCAAGCACCGCGACUUCAUCGCACACACGUGCAGCCAGAUGUUGCUCACCGACAUGUGGAUGGGUCGGCUCCGCAUGCGCAAGAACUCAGGCCUCAAGGUAAUUCUGGGAAUUCUACUUCCUCCUUCAAUUCUCAGCUUGGAGUUCAAGAACAAAGACGACAUGCCCUACAUGACUCAGGCCCAAGAAAUCCAUCUGCAAGAGAAGGAGCCAGAAGAACCAGAGAAGCCCACCAAGGAGAAAGAUGAAGAGGACAUGGAACUGACGGCCAUGCUGGGACGGAACAGCGGGGAGUCUUCGAGGAAGAAGGACGAAGAGGAAGUUCAGAGCAGGCACCGACUGAUCCCCCUAGGCAGAAAAAUCUAUGAAUUCUACAAUGCACCCAUCGUCAAGUUCUGGUUCUACACUCUGGCCUAUAUCGGGUACCUGAUGCUCUUCAACUACAUCGUGUUGGUGAAGAUGGAGCGCUGGCCUUCCACCCAGGAAUGGAUCGUCAUUUCCUAUAUUUUCACCCUGGGAAUAGAAAAGAUGAGAGAGAUCCUGAUGUCAGAGCCCGGCAAGCUGUUGCAGAAAGUGAAGGUGUGGCUGCAGGAGUACUGGAAUGUCACAGACCUCAUAGCCAUCCUUCUGUUCUCAGUCGGAAUGAUCCUGCGUCUUCAAGACCAGCCCUUCAGGAGUGACGGGAGAGUCAUCUAUUGUGUGAACAUCAUUUAUUGGUACAUCCGUUUACUAGACAUCUUCGGCGUGAACAAGUAUCUGGGCCCAUAUGUAAUGAUGAUUGGAAAAAUGAUGAUAGACAUGAUGUACUUUGUCAUCAUCAUGCUGGUGGUGCUGAUGAGCUUUGGAGUCGCCCGGCAAGCCAUCCUCUUUCCCAACGAGGAGCCAUCAUGGAAACUGGCCAAGAACAUCUUCUACAUGCCCUACUGGAUGAUUUAUGGGGAAGUGUUUGCAGACCAGAUAGACCGUAAGCAAGUUUAUGAUUCUCAUACACCAAAGUCAGCUCCCUGUGGACAAAACGAGACCCGGGAGGAUGGUAAGAUCAUCCAGCUGCCUCCUUGCAAGACAGGAGCUUGGAUUGUCCCGGCCAUCAUGGCCUGCUACCUCUUGGUGGCAAACAUCCUGCUGGUCAACCUCCUGAUUGCUGUCUUUAACAAUACAUUUUUUGAGGUAAAGUCGAUAUCCAACCAAGUGUGGAAGUUUCAGAGGUAUCAGCUGAUCAUGACUUUCCAUGAAAGGCCAGUCCUGCCCCCACCUCUGAUCAUCUUCAGCCACAUGACCAUGAUAUUCCAGCACCUGUGCUGCCGGUGGAGGAAGCAUGAGAGUGACCCGGACGAGAGGGACUAUGGCCUGAAACUCUUCAUAACUGAUGAUGAGCUCAAAAAAGUACACGAUUUCGAGGAGCAGUGCAUAGAAGAGUAUUUCAGAGAAAAGGACGAUCGGUUCAACUCGUCCAACGAUGAGAGGAUCCGAGUGACUUCAGAAAGGGUGGAGAACAUGUCCAUGCGGCUGGAGGAAGUCAACGAGAGAGAGCAUUCGAUGAAGGCCUCACUCCAGACCGUGGACAUCCGGCUGGCACAGCUUGAGGACCUCAUCGGGCGCAUGGCCACAGCCCUGGAGCGACUGACCGGUCUGGAGCGGGCUGAGUCCAACAAAAUCCGCUCGAGGACCUCCUCCGACUGCACAGACGCUGCCUACAUAGUCCGCCAGAGCAGCUUCAACAGCCAGGAGGGAAACACCUUCAAGCUCCAAGAGAGUAUAGACCCUGCAGGUGAGGAGACCUUGUCCCCAACUUCUCCAACCUUAAUGCCCCGUAUGCGAAGCCAUUCAUUCUAUUCGGUCAAUAUGAAAGACAAAGGUGGUAUAGAAAAGUUGGAGAGUAUUUUUAAAGAAAGGUCCCUGAGCCUACACCGGGCUACUAGUUCCCACUCGGUAGCAAAAGAAUCCAAAGCUCCUGCAGCGCCUGCGAACACCUUGGCCAUCGUUCCUGAUUCCAGAAGACCGUCGUCGUGCAUCGACAUCUAUGUCUCCGCCAUGGAUGAGCUCCACUGUGACAUCGACCCCCUGGACAGUUCCAUGAAUAUCCUCGGGCUGGGCGAGCCAAGCUUCUCCAUGCUGGCCCCUUCCACGGCCCCUUCCAGCAGUGCCUACGCGACCCUCGCGCCCGCAGACAGGCCUUCAAGCCGGAGCGUUGACUGCGAAGACAUUACCUCCAUGGACACUAGAUCUUUUUCUUCAGACUAUACCCAUCUCCCAGAAUGUCAAAACCCCUGGGACUCUGACCCGCCGACGUAUCACGCCAUUGAGCGCUCCAAGAGCAGCCGCUACCUAGCCACUGCGCCCUUCCUUCUGGAAGAGGCCCCCAUUGUGAAAUCUCAUAGCUUUAUGUUUUCUCCUUCGAGGAGUUACUACGCCAACUUUGGGGUGCCCGUGAAAACAGCAGAAUAUACCAGUAUUACAGACUGUAUUGACACAAGAUGUGUCAAUGCCCCUCAAGUGAUUGCUGACAGAGCCACCUUUCCUGGUGGGCUUGGAGACAAAGUGGAGGACUUAUCCUGCUGCCAUCCUGAGCGAGAGGCAGAACUGAGUCACCCUGGCUCUGACAGUGAAGAGAAUGAGGCCAGAGGCCGGAGAGCCACCAUCGCAAUAUCCUCACAGGAAGGGGACAGCUCAGACAGAGCCCUGUCCAACAAUAUCACGGUUCCCAAGAUAGAGCGUGCCAACAGCUACUCAGCGGAGGAGCCAAGUGUGUCAUAUGCACACACCAGGAAGAGCUUCUCCAUCAGUGACAAACUCGACAGGCAGCGGAACACAGCAAGCCUGCGAAAUCCGUUCCAGAGGAGUAAGUCCUCUAAGCCAGAGGGCAGAGGGGACAGCCUGUCCAUGAGGAGACUGUCCAGAACAUCGGCUUUCCACAGCUUUGAGAGCAAGCACAACUAACCCUUCUCACUCUGCAUUGUGGAAGGCUUGAGAAUCCAGCCCUGAAAUUGCCCCUAAACUCCACCUUCCCCCUUCUUCCUUAAAUCAUACCCGCUUUGUUCUUAGCUGAGCGAAACAUGCAAUACUUUGGGAGACACUAACACAAUGGUGACUUCUGGGCCACAGAUCAAGAAAGCAUUAAUCUGACCCAGUGCCAAACACAGGGGAGUGCAGGCGUGUCCACAUUUGCUGGGUAGGGAGGAGACAGAGGGGGAGAGGAAAGGUCAGAGACAAAUGUGUCUUGCCAGUCUCUGCAGGAAGCCAUGAGCUUGAGGCACCAGGAGGCUCCAAGCAAACUCCAUACCAGGAGGCAUCUUGUGAUUUCUGCCUAUUAUCAAAAGUUUUAGGUUGCAGGGCUAAAUUGCAAAAUAAAAUAAAAUAGAACAGCCAGGCUGCAAAAUGAGAUAUUCUAAACUUCAAUUCUGUUUUCUUUUCACAUUGGCUCCAACACUGGUGACUGAUGAAGAGCAUCCUUUUUAUUCAGUAUAAGCCGGCAGCAAGCAGUUCUACCUAACGUCCCACAUCCUUCUCAUGCCAACACUUCUGUAAUUGGUCACUAUAAAGAAAAAACAAGGUAACAGUCAUAGUUCACCUGUCUUAUAUAUUCACUUCUGGUGCCACAACUGUUUUAGCUUUUUUGGAGAAAAUAAGGGAACAGAAAUGCCUUGUUUGUCUUGCAAUUGAAAUGAAAGAAGAGUUGAUGUUAAAAACAAAAGUCACAUGAUAUACUAUAUACAGUGGGCAUUUGAGUAUAGUCGAGCAAGCUCAGGAUGAAUGUAAUUAAAUAAUUUUAUAUUUUAAAAUUUAUUUUGUAUCUCACCUGUCAUCAAUGAAUUCGCUCAUUGACUAUGUAAUAUUGAACUUAAAAAAAAACAACACAGUGGGCAGAACUAACCUAAAGUUGCCAUGUGGGAUAUCGUUAUAUUCUCACCAUUCAUGUCAUGUGUUUUGCUGCUGUGUGACCUUCAUGAUUUGCAUGAUGCCACCGUGUCCUCUGAUGUAACUAAGAUGUAACUGCCAACUUCCCACACCCUCAUCACGUGACUAUUUUGUAUAUGAAUACAUGGUUAAAUGUGGAUAUUUUCAUACCUAGAGUUUUGCCAUUUAAUCUGAGCUCAGCAUAAAUUUAAUUGGAGUUUUUCAAGGGCUGGUAUCUUUUCUAUGGAAAUGUUCCAAAGUACUUUUUAAGGAAGUUUCAAAACCAUAAAUAACCUUAGAAUUGACUGGGAAUUUGGUAUCAACCCAAAGCCAUCAGUUGCAGGCAUACCAUGAAUAUUUUUCUUACACACAGAGCUAUAAAAAAAUACAGUAGGCCAAAAUAGAAGGCAAAUAAAUCAUAUAAAGAAUUCUGUAGUAUAUGCUGCUUAUAUACAUAUAUAUGCAUUUACAGAGAGACACAGGUUUAUAUAUAGUAUAUAAACAGACAUAGAGAGCUUUCUUAAGAGGCUCAUACUUUUCUAGCUCUUGGAGAUAUAGCCACAAUUUUUUAAUAUCAAGAAGUUCCAUUGAAAGAGUUCAUUAUACUAUUAGACCAAAUGUUGAAAUUACGAUUUUUUAAAUCUCUAUCACCUUAACUUUUCCUUCAACCAAACAAGAGCUGUCAAAAUGAUUCACCACCCACCCACUGCACCUUUUUGACCCAAGUCAUUUACCAUCCAUCUCAUUUAUUCUGGUUUCUCCUAUACAAAGCUACAACACAAUUUAUACAAUUGGAACAGAUACACAGUUCUAAACCGGAUCGUAGUAUGGACUAAAGAACAGAAGCAUAAGUUUCUAGAUCAGAAUCUGAAUUUAAAUUGGGAUAAAGAAAUCUUGACAUCCCCCCUCCCCCUCAAAUCUUCUGAUUCCUCUUUGGAUCACUGAAGUUUUAAAAAACCUUUAAGAAAAAUGACUUGAGUUCCCUGGUCCAAGAUACUACCUGGUUUUUUCAUUUAAUUGCAGUUGUAAGUAACAAAUUAUAUCUCAUUUUGUGAAAUCAAGUAAAUUCAUUGACAAAACCUGUAGCCUUUCACUAUUAAAAAAUACAAAACACACACACACACACACACACAAAAAAAAUCCUGAGCAACCUUUUCAGUACAGAAAGAGUGACAAGUUCACAUACACAAAGAAUUCCUUAUAACUUCUUGGUAUUUAGGUGAAUCACUAACUUUCAACUCCUUCAUUUAUAAUUGCUGUAGUUGGGCAUGGUAGCUUACACCUGUAAUCCCAGCACUCAGGAGGCUGAAGCCUGAGGAUUGUGAGUUCAAGACCAGCCUGGGAUACACAGUGAGUUCAAGGCUGGCCUGGACUACAGACCAAUACUCUGUCUCAAAAACAAAACAAAGCAAAAACAACAUUUUUGCUUUAUAUUUGCUCUGGGACUCUUUUACUUUAUUGGGCCUCAAAUUGGUAAACUUCCCUCUUAGCCAACAUGAAUUCAGUCCGUGAAUAAAACAGGUGUCUUAAAUUUCCUGUGUCAUGAAUCCCUGUGAGGAUCAAUGAAAAUUCUGGACACCCCUCCCCAAAUGUACAUACAUGUGUAAUGUCAUUGCAAUAUAACUUCAGAGGGUUCAGAGAGCCCUGGUUCCAUAUUGAUUGGUAAUGAGGAAAAGGAACCAUGUUUGUUCAUAUAAGUAUGGUCGUAAUAGGCACUUUAUAUUUUAAGACCAUUUCUCUGUGAUUCUCAGGAAGGCCAAGUCUCAGCACCAGUUUGAACCAAGGUUCUGUUACUUUCAUUCCUUAGAUUAGAUGUGGCUAGUUUGAUGUCCUUUCAUCCUAAUGUUUGAUCAUUUUGAGUAGUGAGUAUACUCACAAAGCCAAAGGGUCUCUGAGAGAGUCUCUAAAGGAAUGCAAGAAGGAGGUGAAAGAAAUAUUCUUUGACCUUAGAGCAGGACACCAAACACCUCCAGUGCCUCAUAAUGGACAGUACUGGAAGUGGGGGAAAGAUGUGAUGAGCACCAGUGUUUCCAUUCAUCGUGAUUUCCAGAGAGCAAAUACGACCUGGGAAACUAAAUACCUAACAGUCCUGAUCUUGUGACUACCUGGUUCUUUUGUUGUGCAUGAACAUUAAGUGCUAAUAUCUUUGGUGAAGUGUGUGAAGUAUAUAAGCCAAAUUUAAAUGACUUUAGACACAAACUAUGUAAUUCUCACAAGCCAUGUCUUUCCUGUGCACAUACGUGUGUUACUCUUCAGUCCCAUCCUCCCAUAUCCGGGUUCUCUACACACCAGUGUGGCAUUGAUUCUGUGGCCUUGUAUAGUCAACUUGUGCUAAGCUCAUUUAUUCCACCAUGUCCCUGAUUGAGGGGAUGUUAAUUAUCUGUCUCUGUGAAUUAAGCAACUCAUAAACAGCAAGUUAUUGAGGACCAUAAAUAAAGUCAUAGAGAGCUCAAGGAAGUAAUGGCUUGGGUUUAAUCAUCUGCUUCAGAGGUGCCAUUUUUAUAUACUACUAUAUGUAAUGAUUUGUUCUAAAUUGUUUGUUCCUUUUGGGAAAAAAAUUAAGGAUGUUUUAUGAAAAUGACCACGGAGGUUUCCUGACUAACCUACAUACUUUACAUUUAUAGUCCAAAACCCCCUUUCUUGAUGUGAUUUAAGUGGGGAGCUGGAAAGCUUGUGUACAACUGUCCUGGCUAUUUCUGCAAGCCAAAGGGUAUAUUAGCAAUCCAAAUGCAGCACUUUAGAGAACUGAAUUUUUUUUUAAGUCUAAGCUUGCAGGGCCAGGACACAAUUUAGCACUUUGAAAGUUACCCUUUUAAAAUAUAUGUGUAAGAAUAAUCAAGUGGGAAAAAUGUACUCAUAAAAACACAAAAUGUGUUUUUUCUGAAUGUUUCAAAUGUAUUUUAAAAUAUGGUCUCUAUAGAUAAUAUUAUGGUAGAUAACUGGAUAGUACAUUGUUU